GACAGCUGCCGCGGAGCUCCGAGCUUCCUCUGUUUGUUUUUAUUCACACGGAGGAAAAAAGAAAGAAAUCGAUUUUAAACCAAAGUCCAGAAAAAAGAAGAGAAGAAGAAGAAAAAGUUUGAUCACUCCUGUGAAAGAAGAUUUUAUUUUUAAACUUUCAGUAGGGGAAGAAAGCGGAAAAACAACCCGGCUGCUGCUCGGUCUUCUGCAGGAUGUGAGAGAAGCACAACAGAAAACUCUCACACAGCGACACAGAGAUCUGAGCAGGAACAAGUUUAAAGAUCACCAGACGAGACUCGGCUGCAGACAAAACAUGGCGCUGUUCUUCUCCGGAGCCGUUACAAGUUCACCCAUAAAACGGAGGUUGCGGGCAAAUCACUCCUGUCAGAGCCUCGACCUGUCUCUCCUCUCCCCUGACUCCUCCUACGUCUGCUACUCGUCGGUGGAUGGCGGUGACCCCAGCUGCUGCCGGCGCUCGCCGCGCCUCCUCACCAACGGGUACUACAGCGUCACCGAGGACAGCUUCACCUGGGACGACGAUGGAAAUGUGUCGCUGACGCCCUGCAAGACCAACGUGUCAUACAAGGAGAACCUGGUCAGGGUUUUCCGGCGCAGGCGGAGGCCUCGCAGCUCCCUAGCUCGCCUCCUGAGCGAUGUCACAGAGACCUGCCAGUCGUGGCUGGAUGAGAAAGUCUUCAGGGGCGUGUUCAGGACGGGAAAGCACCACAACUGGGACCGAGACCAGGACCAGGACAAGGACCAGGAUAAGGACCUGGACAGAGAAUAUGAGAGGGAUAAUGUUUGGGUGAAGAGCAGUCAGCAGCACCGGGCCCCGCUGGACGAGUCCUCCUGGUCUGGACUCUGCAGCACCGAGCUGGAGGACAGCCGCAGCUUCACCUAUGACCCAACAGAGAUCCCGCCCCCUCCUGACAAAGUGUCCCCGCCUCCAAAGAUGCUGAUCCAGGAAGAGAUUUGCUCUGAGAUCUGUCAGUCAAAGGAGCGGUUCACCCAGUCACUGGGUGGACUCUCAGAAGUCCCGCCUCCCUCUCCUUUCUACACCAACACCUGCUGCUGUCAGGCCUCACCUGAGCACACAGCAGCUGCAGUUUGUCCUGUGUUGAAACCAGUGGGCGGGGUUCGAGGGUUAACGAUGAAGGCCUUUCUCCUUUUGAUCUUCACCAUCUUCAUCUUCUCGGCUCUUUACUCAGGGUGUCUGUGGUGGAGCUCGACUGUGACAUCCAUUGUGUUCAUGAUGAUGUCAACAUUUAUGUUCCUGACAAAGUCGGGGCCAAUGGGCGAGUGGAGGAGGGCGAAGACGGAGGACAUCACAUCAAGAAAUGAGUAAAAGAAGAGAAGAUGAGUGACAUGAGCAACUGGAGGAGAGAAAGAGGAAAAAGUCUGAUGGAAAUUCAGCGGAAAUAUUUUACAUUUCACCAACCGUUUGCAUGUAAGUUGCACUUAAAGGACCAAGUUAUACUGAGCUCCGGAAAACAUUUUACAGCUGCACCUGUUUGACUGCAAAACUUCGAAUUUGAAUGUAAAUCUUUGUGUGUUUUGUUCUCUGAGCUGAAGGGCUGCACUUCUCAUUCUGAUUGAAAUGAAUUUAAACACAUUUUGUAUAUUUGACUUUUAAAUCUAAAGAAAAAAGUUCUGGGAAAAUCCAGCAUGGUGUUGCAUCCAAACAAACUUUUGUAUUUUAUGUCAACACAGCACUCAAGCUUUUCAAACUGAGAACUGUACAGAAAUAUUCCAGAUUUAACACAGUGACUAAUCUGACUUUGUGUCUUGUUGUGAACACAGCUUUUCACCAGCAUCAUGUUUGGAUUUUCCCAGCGAAGAAAACAGUUUGUUUCUGAUAAAAUGCUGAAGGAACUCUUUAACAUGGUGACACAAGUUACCGUAGUUUAGCCAUGAAAGAUGAAUAAUUUCCAUAUCAAAUACAAAACAUCCAAAUAUAUGUGACAUAUAUUUAAAAGACUAAGUGUAUCUUCUGGUUAGUAGCUGAACUUGGCUUUUUUUGAGCUGUCCACAGUGACCAAACGUCUGAUGUUCAGCGUCUGAGAACAAAUUCAGGUCCAGCAGCAAAAAAAAAAAAAAAAAUUUAAAUAACAGCUGUGACUUUUUCUCAAAAAACAAACCAAAUGCACAAAACACCUGAAGUUCACAUUGAUCUACCUGGCAUCUCUAAUUGCAGGAGUUAAGUGCCAUUUUUUUCCUGAGGAAACUGAAUGAAGAGUUUUACACCAAAAUGACAGACACAAUAAAAAACAGACACAACACAAGAUAUUUUUUAAAAAAUAAUGUUGGUGUUGGUACAUUAAAGCUGCACCGGGUCAGAUUUUAAUGCGACUUUGACCAGAGAGGGAAGGAUGACUUCUGACUGCUGGACUCAGUUACAUCCAUGUUGCAGUCUGCAGAGACACAUGUCGUUGUUUCGUUCACUCUGAUGAAUUCAUACUGAUAGUUAAAACUGAUUAGGUAUCGUUAAUCUCGUCAGUUAAAGCGUCACAUGUGCUUCAGUAUCAGCUGUUCUCCCGAUUUUCAUGUUUGAGUUUUAUGUCCUUUAAUCUUAAAACAGCUUGAAAUGUCAGAAAUAACAUUAGCAGGAAAACAUAAAGCAUACGAUUUGAGUCAUGAAGAAAAAUAUAAGACUUAGUUUUUCUAAUGUUCCCUUGUGCAGCUUUAACAGUAUCAUGUAAAUCUUAGAUCGACUCGUUCUCUGCAGCGUUUUGUGGUAAAACUCUGUUAAGUGCCUAAUAAUACAGAAUAAUACAGGGAAGUGUUAGAUUUGAACCUGAAAUGCUGCUGAAACAUUAAACAGACCAGCUGCAGUGAUUAAUGGGGAUAUUUGAUUUCAUCUGCCUACUGGAGCAGCUGGGUGGAGUUAGUAUGUCAGAGGAAAUACAUUUUCAAAUACAGUGGACUGUGGAGAAGUCAGUGGCUGGUUUUAUAAAAACAGACUGAAAAGGAGUUUUAAUAAGAACAGACACAUGACAUGUGACUGGUUUCUCUUUGAUUCUAAAGAAUCUAAAGCUCCCUGGCUGGCUGUUUCUUGGAGCAAUGCUCUCUGGGACUUUGUGUUGUUAUAGUUUGAAGUGAAUUGACUCCAUCACCGUGUUAAAAUGGGUCCAACCAAGCAUCAACCUUUGGGACUGAAUGCUAAAAACUGCAGUUCCUCUAAUGACCACUAGAGUCUGGCUCCA